AUGGCAUUAACAAAGGAUUCAUUUGAACGGAUUAAGUGGCUUAUUGCAGCUGCCUGGUGGCUGCUGAUUGUUUUUUCAGCACAAGAAAUUGAUGGGGGAGGAUAUGCAUAUAUUGACCCAUGUGGGGGGCAGGAUUGUUCAGUUUGUCGGUGCUUUCCAGAAAAAGGAUCAAGAGGUCAGCCUGGUGAGCUGGGAGCUCAAGGUCCGAUUGGGCCCUUGGGGUCUACAGGACCAGCUGGUCUACCAGGGGAAAAAGGACAGAGAGGUGAGACUGGGCAACCUGGGCCAGCUGGAGAAAGAGGUGAUAAGGGCCCAACUGGAGUUCCAGGAUUUCCUGGUUUAGCUGGCAUUCAGGGAUUACCAGGAAGUGGAGGACCCAGGGGCAAGGCUGGUUUAGAUGGCUGCAAUGGCUCAAGAGGAGAUCCAGGAUUUCCAGGCGAAAAUGGUUAUAUUGGACCACGUGGUCCUUAUGGAAAUCCAGGGCAAAAAGGAGAAAAAGGAAAUUCAGUGUAUGUUUCACAUUUUGGAAAAGGACCUCCGGGAGACAGAGGUGAUCCUGGACCCCCCGGCAUGCCUGGACCUAUAGGGUCGAGAGGUACAAUGGGCGCAUCUGGAUACCCAGGCCAACCAGGCUUGCCUGGUAUUCCAGGUUACCCCGGUUUGCCAGGUGAACAGGGAAAUCCAGGUAUUGGAGUGGAUGGUCAAAAGGGGGAACCGGGUGACAUUGGACUUCCAGGGCCACCUGGGUCACCACUGUUAGUUGGACCUCCUGGAGCUCAUCUGUUCAAAGGAGAAAAGGGCCAAAAAGGACUACCUGGGGUAACAGGACACAGAGGGCCACGUGGACCCAAAGGUAUACUGGGGAGAGGAGAAAAAGGUGAAAAAGGCAUUCCUGGGUUCCCUGGAUUGCGGGGUGAUCCUGGUUCUUACGGACCUGCAGGUUCUCCUGGAAUGAAGGGGGAUCCAGGAGAAAAAGGCCCCCCAGGUCCUCCUGGAGCUGUUGAAACUCCGCUGCUUCCUAUAAAAGGUCCACAAGGAGAUCCUGGAUUUCCGGGUCCUGCUGGUGAUAUAGGGUCAGUUGGACCAAUUGGGCCUGCAGGCCUGCUGGGAAGACCAGGACAUGAUGGAACAAGUCUGCCUGGCCUGCCAGGAGUAAGUGGGGCACCAGGACCUCAAGGUUUUCAAGGUGACCCUGGUUCUCCUGGAACAGGUGAAUCAAUCCCAGGAAGAUCUGGAUUUCCUGGACCACCAGGCCUACCAGGACAGCCAGGAAGACAAGGCUUACCUGGACCACCUGGUGUAAUCUGUACUGAGAGAGGAAUCCCUGGAGAACCUGGAACAAAAGGUCAGAUGGGCCUUCCAGGAAGAAAAGGGGAAAAAGGAGAAAAGGGAAAUCGAGGCCUCUGCUCAUGCAGAGCUGGUCCUCCUGGUCCACGUGGUGUGCAAGGACUUCCAGGUACUCAAGGAAGGAAAGGACAUAUGGGAUACCCUGGAAGAGAUGGAGAAAAGGGUGACCCAGGCUUAUCUGGUGCAAUGGGGUCACCAGGGCUCCCUGGGACGCCUGGUUCUGCUGGACAACAUGGUGAAAAAGGAGAGAAGGGUGAUCCAGGAAGAGUUAGAAUAAAAGGAACAAAGGGUGACAGAGGUCCUACUGGGGUUCCAGGACUUCCAGGUCAAAGAGGCAAUGAUGGCAGAGAUGGGGAACUAGGAUUGCCUGGAGAAAAAGGAGCUAAGGGUGAUUCUGGAGUACCACUACCAGGUGAUAAAGGAUUCCCUGGGGUCCCAGGCCUUCCUGGGUUAAAAGGGCAAAUGGGAUUGCCUGGAUUGGGGUUUCCUGGCCCUCCAGGAGUCAGAGGAAGCCAUGGAGACUUUGGUGAUACUGGUAAUAUUGGGCCACCUGGUCCAAAGGGCCAGAAAGGUGAGACUGUCUGCAUUACAUUACCAUACCCUGGAAAUCCAGGUCCCCCAGGUUUUAAAGGCAUUCAAGGACCAAAGGGUUUAAAAGGACUUCCUGGACAUCCUGGACCAAAUGGCUUUGAUGGGCAAAAAGGUCAUCGAGGCAGGCCAGGAGCAGGAAUCCCUGGGCCAGAAGGCUUUCGAGGCAAAGCUGGUGAUCCUGGUGAUGAAGGUGAAAGAGGAUCUACAGUCGAUGGUAAAAAUGGCCCUCCAGGUCCACGUGGCAUAGAUGGUCAGAAAGGUGUUGCAGGUGAUACCACAUAUGGUCCUCCAGGAAUCCCAGGCAACAGGGGACUGCCAGGACCCCCUGGUGCACAAGGAGCAAGGGGUGAUCCAGGCAUUUCUGGACUUCAAGGACAGCCUGGUACCCCAGGGUUUCCAGGUGCCAAAGGUUUUAGAGGCCCAGAAGGUGAUAUAGGAGCACCAGGUUGCCCAGGAUUCCCUGGUCCACCAUGUGACACGGGCUUACCAGGGCCACCAGGACUCAGAGGUGUCAUGGGCCUGCCAGGACCUCAAGGCUUACCAGGCUUUAAAGGUCAGAGGGGAGACAGGGGCCUAGCUGGGCCACCUGGCAUCAAAGGUCUCAAGGGCUCUCCUGGCUCACAAGGUCCCCCAGGUCCUCCAGGUUCCCGAGGACUUCCAGGACUUCCAGGCAAUAAAGGACCACCUGGUUUUCCAGGACAAACAGGAAGCAAAGGGAUUCAAGGACCCCAAGGAUUCCCAGGACUCCCAGGAACACAAGGCCCAAUAGGACUCUCUGGUGUUAAAGGAGAAGAAGGAGAAAUGGGUCCACCUGGGCCUAGUGGAGAAUGUGGGGAUAUGGGAAUAAAAGGUGAAAGAGGGCCUCCAGGAGACAGUGGCUGUGUUAACAUCCAUCUUGAGAAAGGACAAAAGGGGGAACCGGGGUUUCCUGGUGAGGAUGGAUUUAGAGGCGAAAGAGGUGAAAAAGGCAAUACCGGUUUCAGAGGCACCCCAGGAUUUCCAGGGAAGAAUGGUGUCCCAGGACUGCCAGGUGACCAUGGUGACACUGGACUGAUGGGGUUUCCAGGAUCUCAGGGUUUCCCAGGACCAAAGGGCUUUAAAGGAAUUAUAGGUUUUCAAGGACAACCAGGUGACCAGGGUGACCUUGGCUUACCAGGAAUCCCUGGCAAUCCAGGACUGACUGGCCCAAAAGGAUCCAAAGGUCUCUGUGGAUUCCCAGGAGAGAAGGGUUCACCAGGUAUCCAAGGGCAACCGGGAAGACCAGGAUCCAAGGGUGAACCUGGACACCCAGGAAUACCUGGACUUCCAGGUCCUCAGGGAUUGCCAGGAGAACCUGGAGAAAAAGGGAAACAUGGAAUUUUGGGAUCUCCAGGACUGCAAGGAUUACCUGGAUUCCAAGGUCUUCCUGGACUGCCCGGACUGGAUGGCUUGGAUGGACUAAAAGGCCAAAAAGGUUCUGCAGGAGCUCCAGGUCAAAGUGAAACAGGGCCCCCAGGAUACUCAGGAGAGCUUGGACCAAAAGGACAGAGAGGUGAACCUGGAUGGCCUGGUAUUUCUAUUCCAGGCCCUCCUGGAGAAAGAGGAUUCCCAGGAUUACCAGGUAGAAGAGGACCUGUUGGACCCACUGGACCUAUGGGAAGAUCUCCUGAUAGUGCUUCUCCUGGUCCUCCAGGUGAUCAAGGACCACCUGGUUUAGAUGGCAUCAGAGGUCAGCCUGGGAAACCUGGUCCUCCUGGAGAGACUAUCUUUGUGCGAGGAGAUCCAGGUGAUAUCGGCCUUCGGGGGGCACCAGGUAACCCUGGGCAGCGAGGACGACAAGGAGCCAGAGGUCUUCCAGGGAACCAAGGAAGAGGAGGCCUAAAGGGUCCUAUGGGAAGCCAUGGCCCACAAGGUCCACCUGGUGCUACAGGACAACCAGGAGAUGAAGGUUUUCAAGGAAAACCUGGUCCGAGAGGUCCCACAGGUAUUCAAGGUGACCCUGGUGAACCAGGAAAAACAGAUGAUUCAUGCCCUACCAUCCCAGGGCCUCCUGGGGAAGCAGGGCAAAGAGGAGAAGAUGGCUCUGUGGGAUUACCGGGGCCAAUAGGCCAUCCUGGACCUCCAGAAAAAGGUGAAGAAGGGUCAUGUAGCCUGCCAGGUCGAGAUGGCUUACCUGGGGUACCUGGACCUCCAGGUGACCAAGGGCAUAUAGGACAGCAAGGAUAUGCUGGGCCACGAGGUCCACCUGGCCAGACUGGCAUCCCAGGGCCACCAGGCCCCCAUAUCAGAUCUGCAAGUGGAUUCUUACUCGUCCUUCACAGUCAGUCAGACAGAGAACCACUCUGUCCGCAAGGGAUGCCAAAAUUAUGGACUGGCUAUAGUCUGCUGUACCUGGAAGGACAAGAGAAAGCUCAUAAUCAAGAUCUUGGUCUGGCAGGAUCUUGUCUUCCUGUGUUUAAUACCAUGCCAUUUGCUUACUGUAAUAUCAACCAAGUUUGUUAUUACGCCAGUCGAAACGAUAAGUCUUACUGGUUGGCGAGUGCUGCUCCUUUACCAAUGACACCACUGUCUGAAGAAGAAAUACAACCAUAUAUAAGCAGAUGUGCUGUAUGUGAGGCCCCAGCCCAAGCAGUAGCAGUUCACAGCCAAGAUCAGUCAAUUCCUCCCUGCCCGGAGAACUGGAGGAGUCUUUGGAUAGGAUAUUCCUUUUUGAUGCACACUGGAUCUGGUGAUCAGGGUGGUGGACAGUCCCUUAUGUCACCUGGAAGUUGCCUAGAAGACUUCAGAUCAGCACCAUUCAUUGAAUGCCAGGGUCAGCGGGGAACAUGCCAAUUUUUUGCUAACGAAUACAGUUUCUGGUUAACAACUGUGGUACCUGAAUUGCAGUUUGCAUCAGCUCCCCUAUCAGGAACUCUUAAAGAAGGACAAGAGCAGAGGAGAAAAACCAGUAGAUGCCAAGUAUGCCUGAAGCAUGGCUAA